AUGGAAGAAACACUGAAAAGAGACAUCAGAAGAAUCGAUACAACUUGCAUAGACCAGAAGUUAGUUAGGUCAAUCAUAAAGCCAUACCAUGGAACAACAACUCUUGCUUUUGUCUUUAAAGAAGGGAUGGUCAUAGCAGUUGACUCAAGGGCAACAUCGGGAUCAUACAUAGCUUCUCAGACUGUGAAUAAGGUAAUUGAGAUAAACAGGAAUUUGCUUGGGACUAUGGCUGGAGGGGCUGCUGAUUGCUUUUUCUGGGAAAAACUCAUGGGGUUGUAUGCAAAGAAUUAUGAGCUUACCAAUGGCCGGAGAAUAACUGCAGCAGCAGCAAGCAUGUAUCUGAGUAAUUGUGUGUACAGAUAUAAGGGGUAUGGCCUCUCGAUGGGAACAAUGAUAUGUGGAUACGAUGGAUCUAUACCAAGUAUUUACUAUGUUGAUGACGACGGAAAAAGAGUUAAAGGCAAUUUGUUUUCUGUGGGAAGUGGGUCCACAGUGGCUUAUGGGAUUCUUUCUUCAUCUUAUAGGUUUGACAUGAGUAAGCAAGAGGCCUUGGAGUUGGGAAGAGAAGCUAUUUUCCAUGCAGCACAUCGUGAUGCCUACUCUGGAGGAUCUAUAAACUUGUACUAUAUGGAUAAGGAUGGAUGGACUAAAGUAGGGUCUUAUGAUGUUGAUGAUUUUAACAAAGAAUAA